UCUGUGCCGGCAGUUGUCUUGACUUGCCGCGUCCAUACAAAUCAGGUGGUGAUAACUGCAAAAUAAAUGUCGCUCGCUGGUUGUCGUUGUCGUGGUCAUGGCAUGGCGUGUCGCGCACUUGUGUGCUUGUGUCGGAUGGCGAUUUGUUCUUGUACAGUCGUGAUUCGUAAUUAGAAACGUGUGUGUUCAUUAACUUGAUGGUGUUUAAGAAAGUUCUGUGAAUCUCCUUUGCGUUCUCCGACUCAAAGACAACAGCAUGAAAACAUUCUAACUUACUUAAACUAUCAGGUUUUCCAAGUGAUCAUUAAAUUUGUGACGGGGAAACGCUUCUGCUUUCAUGUUACUGAGCACUUCCAUUGAUUGGUGAGGAACCAAGUGUGAGCGUAUUAAUGAGUAGAUCCUCAACGGGGCCGUCAGAUCAUCCUACUUAGAAGUGCACGGGACAGCGCAAGCGAUUGACAGCGACUGUCGCAGAAAAUGGCAGAACAUUUGACUGUAGUUACGGGAUUCCUGUGUUUUCAUCUAAACUUUAAGUGUUAUUUUCCAUAUAAUUUGCCAGUGUUUGACGGGGUUAAAUAUCUUCCAAGCCGCUUCAAGCGUUUCGGUUGUGCACAGUGAAAUCAUGGAAGGAUAAUUUGUUGUUCAGGAGUUUCAUUUUCUUUUACUGAAAUUAUGAAACGAGUUAUUAAUAUUGCAGGUCUCCUGUGUUAGGACAUUUUUAAUGAGAUCGUAGAAAAGACUUAAACAGUUAAAAUGCAGGAAACAUGAAGACUUGAAAAUGAAUGCUUAAUUAAGUAACUUCAGAGAAAAGACAUUUAGAGAAACGUUUAUGGGCUAACACAGUAUAACCCCUAUUGCAAUACCGAAAAAGAUGCGAACAAUUUAUAGAAAUAUUUUCAUGUUUUUUUUGCAGUCUUCAUACGGCAGUAAAUUCGAAGUUCUAAGGAACAUAUUCUAUUUAUAAUUUAAUUAAAUACGUCAGUGUAAAUUGUUUGUCAAAUGUUUCGUGUGAGAAAGGAAGGAACGUCAAGAUUCAAUGCUUCUAGUUCAUUAAUGCAAGUGCGAUACGGUUGUGAUAUUGGUGAGACAGCAUGUGUGGUGAUUGUUCUCGCGAGGUGAUAUGAUGAUAUGAUGAUGUGACAAACAUUAUGCUCCAGUCUCGUUGCUGUUGCUCUGGCCGACGGCUCCGAGUCUUCUGUCUUCUGGUUGUCAUCUCUCUUCUGCAAAACAGCGGGAACUUCAGGGUGAUGUCCAGCGUCGUGGCUGCGCUGGAGGCUCACGUCAUCUGUGGGCGAAUUCCCGGGCUGACGGCGCUACAGCGUGACAUGUGUCGCUCAUCGCCCGACGCCAUGGUGGCGGUAGGGGACGGCGUGCGUCUCGGCACCGUCGAGUGCCAGGAACAGUUCCGACAUCGCCGCUGGAACUGCUCCGCCAUUGGCAGCGGCAGUGUGUUCGGUCACGUCGUGGUCGUCGGCAGUCGCGAGGCGGCCUUCACGUACGCCGUCUCCAGUGCGGGCGUCGCGUACGCCGUGACGGCAGCGUGCAGCCGGGGGAACAUAUCUGACUGCGGCUGCGACCCGAGUCACAAGGCGCGCAAGGAGCUGGCCCCCUCCGGCUGGAAGUGGGGAGGCUGCAGUGCGGAUGUCGGCUACGGCAUGAAGUUCGCCCGACGCUUCCUGGACGCCCGUGAGAUCGAGGGCGACGCUCGUAGCCUCAUGAACCUGCACAAUAACAAAGCGGGCCGCAAGGCCGUCAAAGUGAACCUACACGUGGAGUGCAAGUGUCACGGUGUGUCCGGCAGCUGCACGAUGAAGACUUGCUGGAAGACACUGCCCGCUUUUCGUCAAAUCGGCGACAAUCUUAUGCGGAAGUACAGCCGUGCGCGCGCAGUCAUGGCUGUAGAGAUUGUGUCCCGCCCGGGACGGCGUAGUAAGAAUCUCCAGUUGGUCCUGAGGAGGACACCGUCCCGAGGGCAACAGCUGCUCGAGAAAAAGAGGGUCCCGCGACGCUCCGAUCUUGUGUUUCUCCAGGAGUCGCCCAACUACUGCGAGAGGGAUCCCGCCACUGGCUCCCUGGGCACAGUUGGCCGUCACUGCAACCGUACUUCGAGAGGUACCGACGGCUGUGACCUCAUGUGCUGUGGCCGGGGAUACAACACGCACCAGUUCACCAGAACUUGGCAGUGCCAUUGUAAGUUCCAUUGGUGCUGUUACGUGAAGUGCGACACGUGUAGUGAACGGACGGAAGAGUACACGUGUAAGUAGUCACCGCACGUGUUGCCUGUGGUUGUGUCACGGUUAGUUCCGGAUAUGUGUAGCGACAGAACACGUGCACAUAAUCGCCCGAUUGUGCCACUUCACACAUUUCUAGUUUCCUGGAUGAAUUGUUUUUGGACAGGCGUAGAAAGUGAGUGUUUAGACUUCCUCACUUCAACAAGUAGACGCGUGUGCCAUGCGGUACGCAAAUAUCCACCUGUUUUGGACACGAUAUGUGUUUCCAGGUGACUAUGACGUGGCACGUGGUUUCCGCGAUGUUGGAACUGAACUCACAGAGCAAAGUAACGUUUGUAGUUAGUCAGUCGGUUGUGCCAGGACACGCAGAGGUAGUCACCUGAUCUGGACGCCUUAUUGUGUCACAACACGCUGAGAUGAUCACCUCAUUGUGCAAUUAGUCACCUGACUUCCUUACGACACAUGACGUACUCAACUGUGUGUGUCUGUAUGCAACACCUGCGUGUGUCACGGCAUACGAAAUUAGUCAUUUGGUUAGUCAUUAGUUAUUGGUGUUUGUGCCGUUCUCAUCAGAAACACAUGCAAGAAGUCACGUGAAGAACUGUUAGCUGUGACACAGCUGUCCUCGUCGAAUAAAUGUCUGAGGAUACGUUUACGUCGCCUACUCACCAGCGAAGGCAUGCGCAGUGGCUUUUAUUGUUGCAUUGCAGCAGAAUAUGGGCAUUGUACUCGGGUGAAGGAAAUACUGAACACGGGUGAUGGGAGUUCAGACGUGCAGCCUACACUGUACACCUCCCCUCCUUCAACACCAAUAGGAAGAGAGAGAGCCUGCAGACCGAGCAGAUUUCGCAAUACAAGCGACAGUUGGUGGGAGUAGAUGGAAAAGGGAGGGGGAGUAUGUGCUCAUUCUUUCCCUGACCCGACUGCACUCGAUACAGCAGACCGCUGGAAUGGUGGAUGUGACAAAAAGUCACACAUUUUUGACACGACGAUGAUAAAAGAAAGGAUGCUCGAUGGAGAAAUCGCUUUUUGUGAAUGCGGCACAUAAUGACCAGAUGUGGAGAUGGACAAUUUUGGUUGUGUGCCAAGUAUACUGGUCUCGUGUAAUCCACGUAGACUGUUUGGUAUUUUGUAUUCUUUCACUGCGGAGACAAAUGACUACCUGAAUUAAGUAUGUGUGAAAGUGUUCGUUGUAGGGUUUUCAUGUUUCAGUGAAUUUAUUUUUUUUCUAUUACAUGAGCGUGCAUUAUAAAAUUCAAACGUAAAUACAUACAUGGGAUUUAAGAGGAUUUAAUGGCGGCAGGAACCUGUCAAUUUGAGCAUUUCGAAACGAAACUAAGGAAUGUUACAUUAAUCUGAUGAUCAAAUGUAUUUACUUGCCACCUCUUGGCUCUGCGAUGUUGUGUAAGUUCUCGUGAGAGUUCAACUUUGGUUCACAGAGAGAGCGCUGAGUCUGAAAUUACUUGCAGUGAGCUUACAGCUCGGUCUGUGUUAGCUUUGUGAGAUCUGAGGCUGUCACGGUGGUGACUAUGAAAAGUACUGUCGUCUGGGAUGUGACGCCGUGUAGUCUCAUAGAAAU